GUUACGCCCGACAAAAAUAAAACGUGAAUCGUUCGUACAAACGAUUGUCAACGAUAACGUUGCCGUAGAUAAACGUAGAUAUCUCGUCGAUAGACCUCUUACGUGUUAUUUCGAACAUCCGUUUCACGAAAAAUCAUGAAAAUCAUCUGAUGGCACUUGCGCAAUUGUGACCACGGUGUACGUGAUACAUCAGAUCAUUUUGGAACCAGCGUUAAGUUCGCGGAAGGAUAUAUCGCUGAGGGGGCUCCGCAAUCAAAAGACUAAACAAUCGUUUUUCUCUCAAGAGAUUUUCAAGAUGAGCACUACAAGGGAACAGGCAGGACCAUCGAAGCCAUGGGAUUCAACUACAGAUGAAAAAGAAAAGGAAAAUCGAACAUUUGAAUGUAACAUUUGUCUUGAUACUGCAAAGAAUGCAGUUAUCAGUAUGUGUGGUCAUUUAUUUUGUUGGCCUUGCUUGCACCAAUGGUUAGAGACCCGUCCUACAAGACAGAUGUGUCCUGUCUGUAAAGCUGCAAUUAGCAAAGAUAAAGUCAUUCCACUCUAUGGACGGGGAGAUACAAAGCAGGAAGAUCCAAGGAAUAAUGUUCCACCACGUCCUGCUGGACAAAGGACAGAGCCUGAGAAUAACAUUGGAUUUUCUAGUUUUGGGUUUGGAGAUGGUUCUUAUAUGUCAUUUGGUAUUGGAACAUUUCCAUUUGCAUUUUUCACAUCCACUUUUAAUUUUGGAGAAACACGACCAAGUGCAGCUGCUAGAGGAACACCUCAGUAUGAAGAAGAACAAUUUCUUUCAAAGAUAUUUCUGUGGGUGGCUUUAAUAUUUCUAUGUUGGCUCUUGAUGGCGUAA